UCAUCUUACAAACCGCGUCGGCGCCAGCUGUAAACAUGGCCUCGGGGUCGAAGGAAAAGCCUUCACAAAUUCGCGGAAAGACAAGGAAAUUGUUCUUUAAGGAGAGCCAGCAGCUGGCGGAGCAGCUGUCAGCAGUGUCUGGAGAGGACUGGGUGGGAGCCGUCGCCAGCUACGCUAGUGAUAAUGAGCUGCACCUACAGAUUUUCCCUGAAAGAAAUGUUCUUCACAGAAAAAUCAUGGCAAAACAUGCAUCACAGUUGGGCUUAUUUCUUCAAGGUCUGGUCAAGAAAUAUUUAGAGUUGUACACAGGUGAAUUGGGGGCAAGUGCAACUAUGUUGUUCUCCUUUAUUGAAUUUCUUCGAAAAACCUUUGAUGGGGAAACCAAGUUGUCAGAGUUAUGGCUAUCAAUUAUUGAUGGAGAAAAUCAGGAAACAGCACGGCACAUUGGAAAUAUGUAUGGUUUGGCCCUCAUGUAUCGGGUGAAUAAGUUUAUUGAAAAAGAAAAUGCGUCUAAAACUGGGAAGAAAGAAGUUUGUCAUUCUGUUGAGCUUGAUGACUACACAAGCGUAUCAUUAACGCCAAGUAAUAAGUUAACUUCAACUAAUAAAACAAAGUGUCAAGGAUUUCAAUUCAGCCCGUCUUUGGCUGUAAAGGGCGAUAAGAAAGCUGUGUCUGCUGCUCACUCCACGUCUCUUAAUGACAUAGCACGUAGAAAAUCUAAGAGACGCUGCAUCCCGUCAACAUUCGGUGCUCAUUUUCCUAGACUCUCCUCUGGUGCCAGGUCCAAUACGUCCCCUGAAUGUGUCAUUUCUGCAAAAUCUGUGACUUUGUCUUCAUCUAAUGUUUCUACAGAUUCUUUUAGUAGUAUGUCCCCUAACAUUUCAUCACCUGUGAAUUCUGUUAGUUCUUUAACUCCUGUUUCUGGAUCUCUUAAUUCUGUUUUACUAGAUAAUUCUGUUGAUUCGGCUUCUACUUCAGUGCAGUUAAUAUCUUCUAUACCAAUCUCGUGCGCACCUUGUGACUCUUCUAUUUUAUUUAGUACUACUAUAGAACUUGGCAAUUCUGUUUCAUCUUGUGUCUCCACACCAUCUUUAUCAAAACAAACUAGCUCAAAAGUUGAGGCUUCUUCCAUGAGUCUUGCUUUACCAUCACCAAAAAUUUGCACUAGUCUCAAAACUCAUCCAGUGAAUGGAAUUCAUGCAAAAAUGGACUCUAGCGUGAAAUCCGUCGCUUCACGAGCGACGCGAUCAGUGACGCGAUCAGUAACUAAACACAUUACAACUGCAGCUCAGAGACCCACCAGAAGACAUAUCAUUUCUUCUAAUCCUAAACCCUCUAGACUGAUUAUCACCAAGGAUUCAUCAAGAUGGGAUGCAACCAGUAAAUUGAAGUCGACUGCAAGGCAGAAAAAAAUAAACAAAAUUGCAGUAUCUUCAAAAUGCAAAAUUUUACCAACACGUGGUAUGUCGACUGAACGUGCCACAUCUGCUCAGCGUAAAGCUUCUACCAAAAAGAAUUCCUUGGUGGCACGUAAAACUUCUAUCAAACAGAAUUCUUUGAUGACGCGUAAAACUUCUACCAAACAGAAUUCUUUGAUGACGCGUAAAACUUCUACCAAACAGAAUUUUUUGGUGACGCGUAAAGCUUCUACCAAACAGAAUUCUUUGAUGACGCGUAAAACUUCUACCAAACGGAAUUCUUUGAUGACGCGCAAAGCUUCUACCAAACAGAAUUCUUUGAAGGCAGCUGUUAAUUCUACCAGGUCUGGAAGAGUUCCAAAAAAGAAAAGUGUCCUUGAUCUUUAAGAGAACUAAGGUUUCAGUUUACAGGUAAUAAAAAAAAAAUCCUUUUUUUUUCAUUUAAUUGCAUAUAUCUACUCAGUAGUGAAAACUUAACUUUCGUGUACCUAUUAAAGUUGACAUUAAACUCUUUGCGUGAUGUUUGUCUUGUUCAAUUUCUUAUCAUGAUUCAAAGCUUUCUUAAUUUUGUAAUUUAGAAGUUUAGUUUAUUGAUCUUAGAGCCGUUUUAGUUAAAUUGGUUUUGGAAAAAAGGAAAGACUAUGGUACUACUGUAGUAUCGUGCAUCUUGUUGAGCAAUUGUAGGUACUGUAUAAUAAUUUGUGAUCAUAUUGUAGAUCUUGGCAAGCUGAUGUAGGCAUAACAAUUAAACUCAGGAUCAUACAGCAGACUUUGCCAUAUUAUUGAAGGUAAAAUAACCGGGGUCUGAUUUGUAUGAUCAAUAAGUCGGCCAAUAUAGACACACCCUUCAUUAAAUGGAAAGUGCAUGUACUGUAUUGUGAAAUGCUGAAUGUCAGCGAUUAUAUGUAAUUUCUUAUUUUUGUACAAAACUUUUUUCAUUUCCUGUUCAUUCUCCAACUGUGCUUUUCAUACCCUACAAACUAUUCAAUCUCUACAAUACUUUGCAACUCCUUCAAUAUUUUGCAUCACAUUCAAAACGUUUCCAUAAUUUCUUGGCGAGUGCCUUCCUACCCCAUCAAUAUGGGGAAAUAAGGUAAUAAGGAUAUAGUGAAUUUUAAUUUUAUUUUUUGUCAAAUAGGAAUAACUGUGUAUGGAAAGCCUGGUUAACAAACUUAUUUUAGAUUUUGGAUAUUGUGAUCCAACCACUUGAACUGGAUGGUACAGCCAUGGCCUCAAAUACUGCAGGUCAGCAUUCGAUUCCCGACAGUCCAAGUGGUUAGACAACAUUCCUUCCCACCGCCCUAUCCCAGAUCUUUGUCCUAAUGUUCCCCUCCAAGUACCAAAAACAGUACGACUAUAUAAUAGUCGUAUGGGUUUUGUGUUUUCUUCUCUUAAUUACCUUACCUUUGGAUACUACUGUCAAUGCCAGAUUUCUCAGAGUUAUAUUUUUCUUUUUAGUGUUUUUCUUUGUGAUGCAUUGGUGUUAAAUUUAGUUUAGUUCUUUUUAUAAAAUAUUAUGGAAUAAUAAAAGUGUAUAUAAA